AAUGAUUCGCCGCGAGAAUCGUCUUCGCCGCGAGUUUAUCUUCCGAAAAUCGUUGGAGGAGAAACAGAAAAGUUUGGAGGAAAAACGAGAGAAAAUUCGCAAUGCUUUGGAGAAUAAUACAAAAAUCGAUUAUAAUCUGCGAAAAGACGCAAUCGAAUUGGCGAAAGGCUCCGAUUGGGGAGGACAGCAAUACGAAACAGACAGCGAGUAUCGUUGGGCUGGAGCUCAAGAUCCAAAAAUUGUGAUCACGACGUCCCGUGAUCCAUCAAGUCGGCUGAAAAUGUUCGCCAAGGAGAUGAAGCUCAUCUUUCCAAACGCACAGAGAAUCAAUCGUGGUCAUUAUGAUGUUAAGCAAGUUGUGCAAGCGUCCAAGGCUCAAGAUUCAACGGAUCUGAUUAUCUUCACGGAGACACGUGGAAAUCCAGAUGGAAUGCUUGUUUGUCAUCUUCCAUUCGGUCCAACUGCAUUCUUUUCAAUGGCAAAUGUCGUAAUGCGACACGAUAUUCCAAAUUGUGGAACAAUGUCCGAACAGUAUCCACAUUUGAUUUUCGACAAUUUAAAUUCGAAAUUGGGACAUCGUUUCACCACAAUCCUCAAACACUUGUUCCCGGUGCCAAAACCGGAUUCAAAGCGAAUCAUCACAUUUUCCAAUUCAGAAGAUUACAUCAGUUUCAGACAUCACGUCUAUAAAACUGAAAAUGACGGAGAAGUCGAACUGACUGAAGCUGGACCAAGAUUUGAGCUCAAACCCUACCAAAUCAAGCUGGGAACUCUCGAGACUCUGGCGGCUGCCGAAGACGAAUGGGUGCUCAGAUCCUACACAAAUACUGCCCGUAAACGUACAUUCCUCAGCAUCUCCAGAGCUGAUGACGACGAAUGAAAAUAUUUUGUUCUCUAAAAAUGUUUUGUUGAUUUUUAUUGUUUUCUCCUUGAAAUUGUUUUUGUUUCGUUCAUGAAAUUAAUUUUUAUUCGAAA